AUGAUGGCGGCACGACAGGCGCUACGGCUCUCGAGCCGAGUGAGAUACUUCAGCUCAACAGCUGCAAGGCCAGCUGCCGAAGUGAAGCGGUUGGGUGUGAUUGGCGCAGGUCAGAUGGGCCUUGGUAUUGCCUUGGUGGCAGCUCAAAAGGCGCAGGUUCCGGUGACCCUGGUUGACUCGUCCCAAGCCUCCCUCGACAAAGGCUUGGCUUUUGCAGAGAAGCUCCUUGUUAAAGAUGUCGCCAAGCAGCGCCUUACCCAAGAGCAAGCUGACGCCGCCCGCGCCCUGCUUCAGCCCACCACCUCCAUCGACGACCUCUCAUCAGCCGACUUUGUUAUCGAGGCCGUACCCGAGAUCCCCCAGCUCAAGUUUGACAUCUUCUCCAAGCUUGCCCAAAUCUGCCCCAAGCAUGCCAUCCUUGCCACCAACACCUCUUCCAUCUCCAUCACCCGGAUCGCCGCUGCCACCACCGGCGGCAACCCCACCGACACCUCCAACAGCUCACGCGUCGUUUCCACCCACUUCAUGAACCCGGUGCCCGUGCAAAAGGGCGUCGAGAUUAUCUCGGGGCUCCAGACCUCGGCCGAGACCCUCGAGACCGCCGUGGCCUUUUGCAAGCGCCUCGGCAAGGUGACGUCGGUGUCGGCGGACUCGCCGGGCUUCCUGGCCAACCGCAUCCUGAUGCCCUACAUCAACGAGGCCGUCAUCUGCCUGGAGACGGGCGUGGGCGACCGCGACUCCAUCGACGCCAUCAUGAAGAACGGCACCAACGUGCCCAUGGGCCCGCUGCAGCUCGCCGACUUCAUCGGCCUCGACACCUGCCUCGCCAUCAUGAAGGUGUUACACACAGAGACGGGCGACUCCAAGUACCGCCCCAGCGUCCUGCUGCGGAACAUGGUCGACGCCGGCUGGCUGGGGAAGAAGAGCGGGAAGGGCUUUUAUGACUAUUAA